AUGAUCUUCAUCACUUGGAACUGCCAGGGUCUUGGUGCUUCCCUGGCAGUAAGGAAUCUAAAGGAGGUUUGCACUAAAUAUAGACCUUCUUUAGUGUUCCUAAUAGAAACAAAAAAGCAUCAGAGUUACUUAAAAAGAAUUAAGAAGAAGCUUGGCUUUCAUAGUGAAUUCUAUAUGGAUCCUAGAGGUAGAAGUGGUGGACUGGCGGUCUGGUGGAUGGAUGAAUUGCAAAUUGAUCUUAUAUCUGGCAGUUCAAACAUUAUUCAUGCUAGGAUCUCUUGCACAAGUGAAGAUGCACCUUAUUUCCUUACGCUGGUUUAUGGACCCCCAAAAGAAGCGGAGAGGUCUCGGGUUUGGGACAGAUUGGCGAGCUUGGCUACUUCUAUAAACGGCUCCUGGUUGUGUGCUGGAGAUUUCAAUGAAAUUCUGAAUCAGAAUGAGAAAAUGGGGGGAAAUCUUAGAGCUGUUAGAAAGAUUCUAAGAUUCCAUAAAAUGAUCAGUGACCGUGAAUUUAUGGAUUUAGAAUUUAAAGGUUCAAGAUUCACCUGGGCUAAUGGUAGAAUAGGAGUGAACAAUAUCAAAGAAAGAAUAGACAGAGUUUUUGGAAAUGGUGAAAUGAGAGAAAAAUUUCCAAAAGCAAUGGUCUUUCACUGUGAACCUAUAGGAUCAGAUCAUCAUUUAUUAGUGGUGGACCUGAAUUACCAACAGGAAAAAAGUCCCAGACUUUUCAGAUUUGAACCUUAUUGGUGUAAGCAUGAGGAAUAUGAUGGGGUGGUUUGUAGAAGCUGGAAUUCUGAUAAAUACCAAAAUUGCAGUGCUGCAGAUGAAGUGGCUGCAAAACUGGUAAAUUGUAGCAAGGCUUUGAGAUCAUGGAGCAGAAAAGCCUUUCCUAAUAAUAGGAAAAGAAUUGAAGUUUUGAUGAGGAAGCUGGAAGAAUGUAAUAAUCAGAUGUUGACUGAGGAAAUUCUGAUACAGAAAGAGGCUAUUUCCCGUGAAAUGGAAGAGGCAAUCAGCUAUGUUGAUUGCAAAAUUACAGAAGCUGAUAAUAUGCGCUUGAUGAGAGCUGUCGCUAAAGAAGAAGUCAAGGCAGCUUGUUUCCAGAUGGGAGGGAGGAAAGCCCCUGGUCCUGAUGGUUUUAUUGGGCAAUUCUAUCACUGUUCUUGGGAAACUGUAGGUGACAAGAUCUUUGAAUUGGUGAAAAAUUGUGUUGAAAAUGGUCUUCUGAUUGAUCUUGUGAACACCACUGAUUUGGUGAUGAUUCCAAAGACUGAUAAACCUGAAGUUGUCACUCAAUAUAGACCUAUAAGUCUUUAUGACUCUUUGUUUUUUAUGAAGGCCUUACGGAAAAACUGCAGAAGGUUAAAGAAGAUUUUUGCAGUAUAUGGAAAUGCUUCUGGUCAAUUAGUUAAUCUGGAAAAAUCUGGAAUUUAUUUUUCUGCAAACACUGAUGAAAAUAGAAGAAACCGUGUUUGUAGGUGGCUAGAAAUAAAAGAAACCAGAGAUCCAGGGAAAUAUCUUGGCCUCCCUAUUAUUUGGAGCAAGUCAAAGGCUGAGUCACUUGCCUUCAAUCGCGAAAAGAUGAUAAAGAAGAUACAAGGAUGGAAACAGAAAUACCUUACUCAAGCUGGAAAGGAAGUAUUGAUUAAGGUUGUAGCUAAUGCGGUUCCUGUUUAUCCCAUGACUUGUUUCAAAAUGCCUAUGAAAACUUGCAAAGAGUUUGAUAGGCUUAUCUCUAAAUUCUGGUGGGGGAAGGGCUUGGAAGAAGAUGGGAUCCACUGGAAAGCAUGGAACAUCAUGACGUUGCAGAAGAAGAAAGGUGGCUUAGGAUUCAGAGACUUUGCAAAUUUUAAUCUAGCCAUGUUAGCAAAGAUUGCGUGGAGAUUAAUUCAGAAUCCUGAGGCUUUAUGGGCUAAAAUGCUGAAGGGUCUCUACUUUCCUCAUUUUGAUUUUCUAAAUGCUAGCAAGGGGGGGAGAGCCUCAUGGGGUUGGUCUAGCAUUUUAGAAGGAAGAGCGUUUCUGAAAUAG